UUGUCCGCGCAUUCCACAAGUUUAAGUUUCGAAUACGCCACUUUCCAAGGCACACCUGUUUGUGUGCGCGUAAAUUCCACGUGUACCGUUUGUUUUUUAUGGGAUAAGACCGAAAAAUCGGGAAAAUUAGGGUAACAACUCAUCGGGGGUUCUGAGACAGGGGGAUAGUGGCUGUUUCGACGCGUUGCAGCGGUGAGAAUAGAUGGAAUUCGGCGGUUUUUAAAUGUAUUUAGUGUAAGUUUUGUUUUAUUUUUGUUUUUAUCGUGCUACCCCCGUAGUCGUACGUGGGUUGAUUUACGAGGGAGAGGUGAUAGUAAGGAUUAUAUUGCGUUUAUUAGUGUGCGUAUUGCUGGACGAAAAUGCUCGUGUUCGAAACUCCCCAAGACUGAAAUGACAUUUAACUGAACAUAACAACACGACGAAGAAGUAUACACAAACAUGACUCUAGCUGAAAACCUGAUUUUCCCGGUUUUCUUUUUAACCAUCGGCGUCUCGGCGGCACAAGAUGAUUCUUCAAUCUGUUACGGUCCUGGAUCCGUGGCCUCCUCUGUCGUUUUCACCUUCGUGCUUACAUGCCUGCUGAUUUGGUUCAUCAUGCAUUGGAGAAACAAGAGGAGAUCAAAAACAGACCACUUGAUUCUGGAGACCGAUCCGGAGAAGGGCAAAGGUCGAUUCGCCUUCGACAAUCCGGGCUUUAAAGAGGCGGCGGUGGAGCGCUACUUGGGCGGCGAUGGGGCCACUAAGGGGAGAGGCGCGGGGCUGCUGUUGAACGUCAUGUCGGAGAAGCAGGGAAAGAAGAGGAGCGCCGACGAUUCGGCGAUAACGGAGAACGAGGUGAAAGUGGUGCCGUUGCGUAGCGAGGAUUUCACCGGGCUGGGUUUCAACAUUUGCGGCAAUAUGAAGGAGGGGAUUUACGUGAAGGAGGUCAUGCAGAGAGGUCCCGCGUUCGAUUCGGGAAAGCUCAAUUCAGGCGAUAGAAUAAACAGCGUGACGAUCAAUUUUGAGCACAUGGUGUAUUCGGAUGCUCUGGCGAUUCUGAGCUACGCCAGCCCUUAUGAGGUCGUCGUAGAAGCAAGAGGAGGCAGACUCGUGCACAACGUGCCCAAAGGGCAAGUGGGCAGGCCGGCUCAUCCGUGGCUCUCUAAGAGUUCAUCCCAUUCGGAUUUAUCUAAAAUGGAUAAAACAUCCAAAUGGAAAUCGCAGGAUUCCAAUUCCAGUCAGUCCAGCCCGAAGAAAACCGCCAGCAACGCCACCACGUUGGAAAGAAAGGAUUCCAAAUCGCCUCAAACAACCUUCAAAACUAUAGACAAGCUGAUCAACUCGACAAUUGAUACUAAAAAGUCCAAUGUAACGAAAGACCAAGUACAAAAAUCGGAGAGCCCAUUGUCCAAAUUCGGCGUCAAAGUUCUACCUUUACAAGCAGAUCUAAAAGCAUCAGAACUGAAGAAUGUUGAUACCAACAAACCAACGAAAAUCGAACAGACAAACACGGAGACCUCUAAGAAAAGUCCUGUUAACGACACUAAAAGCUCCUACAGCGGCAUUAAUGGCUUCUCAGCGGAAGCACCUGAAAGUGACAAGCCCCCGCAAGCGAAGAAACGAGAAAAGAAAUUGGACAAGCCCGACCAGUUCCAAAGAAACAGCCUCAACGGCUCCGGAAUAAAAAGAAACGCCGAUGGCAUUCCAUUGGAGCUUCCCGAAGAGAUGCUGCAAGCGGUUACAGCGGUUUUGAAUCACAGAAAAUCGUCCAUAAUCCAACCGGAGGCGAAACCCGAAACUAUUCAACGGGUAGAAGAGCAAAAGGUCAGUUCAGAUUCGGAUGCGGAGAAUGAUUCAGCGAACACUAUUGAGCUAGACUCCAGCUCGAUUACCGUCCAUCAGACCGAAGAAGAGGAGAAGAGGCAGAGGAAAACCCUCAGCACGGGCGAUUUAAGCAAAAUGGAGGGUUCUGAAACCCCCAAUACCGGCACUCUGGAGCGGGCUCAGAGUUUGGACAUCUCCGACACCGCCAAUGGCAAUGUAUCGAACAUAAGAAAAAUCGCCCCCGAAGAAGAUUCGGUUCUAUUAGAGAAACGAACAACAUCUGACGAUUUGGGUACUUUCCAGCGUAAUAGAUUGAAGAAAUCAACGGAAUGGGGUACUCUAGAAGAUGCUGUUCUAAAACCAGAUCAAACCGAUAGUAUCCAGAACGAGGAAGAGGAAGAGGAAUUGGCAGUAAAACAAACUAAGAACGAAAUUUGGCCGGAAAUCGAUAACAACACUGGUCGAGCUAUCAAUAUUAAAUCUUCGACACUUCACCAAAACUUAGACAAUUCGAUUAUAGAUGUGGAUGAAACACAAACUAAUGAAUCCAAUAAUAUGAUCCACCAGGAGCUACCUCUACACACCAACGGGAAUGAUUACGAUGACAUGGAAAUACCUGUUAAGAAGACGAGGAUUAAUAACAGGAUCUUCGAGCCUUUCGAAUCGGUGAAAUUGGAGAGGAAUAACAGGCAGAGAAUACCUGAACAAUCCCCGCAACCGCCAGAUGACUUUUCUCUGGAUACCUCUCCGCCUCAUUCUUUGGAAACUGGAGAAAUAAUUCCAUUGAAACCGUCCACACCUCCUCGACCAGAAGAAGUCUUGUCUAAAAUUCCGUUGCUAAAUACUAUGGUAAAGGAAAUUAGCAAUUCAGUUGACUUCAAAAUUUCUAAAGAAAAUCUCGAAAAGCCUACUAAACAUGUUAGCAACGUCAGCGUCUUCAAUUCUCCUAAUGGAGAUUGCCAUUUGCAUAGUUUGGAGUUUUCCGUUAAUGAUUUCCCUUUGAAUUCUUUAGAAGAAGACUCCAACAACAAACCAGUUUCUCCUAAUGAAGAUAAAUUAGAAACCAAAUCUUACAUCACAGAGAUCAAAGUCACUCCUGAUGAAGCAGCUGUCGAGCAGGAUUCGAUCAAAGGGAGCAACGAAGAGUCAGAAAAGAGCUUGGAUGAAGAUUUUAAGCGUUAUGUGAAGAGUUUCGAAGCUAAAUUAGAGCAUUUCGAGAACAACAUCCACCAAUUCGAUAAGAAUCUGGAGGACUUCGUUUUGGAGCCACCUCGAAAGAGGAAUAGCUUCGAAAAAUUCGCGGAUCAAUCGAAAGAGAAUGAAGAAUUGAAAGACGUCAAUGAUAGAAGAAAGGUGAUGAUGGGGUUGGAAAAUUUCAACAAAAACCAACUGCAAGAUAACGAAGGUAAAGAGAACUCAGAUUCGAAAUGUUUCAUUGUGAAUAGUCCAAAAAUAAAAGAGGAUUUGGAUGACCUGGUGUAUGAACCGAAAGUAAUUGAAAGCUUGAAAAGUCUAUCGAAGAAUGUGGUAAAGGAGAAAGAAUUGUUUGAAGACAUCAUCAACGAUCGAUCAAAGGUGAUUUUAGGUUCGGAAAUUUUCCCCAAAAAUCAAUUAAAUGAGAAAAUUGAUCUAAAAGAUAACAUCAACGAUCAAAUAAAAGGAAAAAUCGACUUGAUAAAGAGUGAGCCGAUAUUGUUUGAAGAAAACGAAGCUUCUAAAGAUCAACCCAACGUGAUUGCACCUUCUGAAAGCUUUACAAUUGAUUUUUCAAAAGGCAACGAUGUCUUUAAGGAGCGAUCAAACGAUGUUUUAAUCCUGGACAAAGACCGACUAAUUCCAAAAAUAAGAUCAGACCUCCCCACCAGCGAACAACCACAAGAAAAAACGCACCAAAAGGAACUAUACAAGAUCCAAAAACUAGCAGAGCAACAGCUCAAGAAGCUCCCAGAAAUCAAAUUCACCACGUCCAGUUACUCCCCGUCCAGGAUCCCGGAGAAGAGAUCCACAAACGUCGAACAAUUGAAGACCAAUUUCGAGAAACCCCCUCUGCCUUCAUCGCAGCACUCCAUGUCUUCCACAGCCGCCGCCAAAUCCAGGAUUCCCGUCGCGAAGACCGGCAAAACGCCGCCGACUUCACCGGAGCGCCGCGACUCGCGCCAUCUAGACGGCGAAAACGACGCCGCUCUCUUGGAACUGAUGACGUCUUCUAUAACGCAGAAGAUCAAGUCGCCUGCCAAAAACAACGUCACCGUGACGUCGAUCAGGGCGAAUUCGAAGAUACCCAGAAAAGUGGAUUCGUCACCCGAGGAGAACAGCCCACUGCCCACUAAUGGGAAUGGAAACGGCGAGAGUAGCUUUAAGCAGUGGGUUUUCAAUCCGUCCAAUGUGACUAAUGUCACCGUUAAUCAGCGUAAAGAUGAUAAGAAUUGACACUUUUGACGUUUGAUAUUCAAAGUAUGACAGUUUUGAUAUUGAUAAAUGACGUCGUAUAAUGAAGUGUUUUUCAUAUAAAUUUUGGACCGGUUUCUACAUUAUUUUCUUUUUGAACAGAGUUUAUACGACUCACACAAAAAAAUAAUUUGAGAAAAAAUUCUACGAUGCCAUCAUUUAGCGAAAUGCUCAAUUAACUUUAAGUACACGCUUACAGAAAUUAUCGGUGCGAUUGGGAAGGAAAAAGAUAAAUGUGCCUACUUGAAUUUGCUCAAUCUCAAACGCUCUUUCCUUUUUCCUUGUUUUUUUUCUGUUGUAAGUACGUUGUAAAUUUGUCCUUUUCUCGAAUUCAAGACGUAAUUAAUAAUGCUCUUAACUUAAUCGUUGUCUUCUGGAUCUGCUCUAUUAUUAUUUUUUUAUUUUAUAAAUAUUAUUUUACUCUAAUAUUUUAUUUGAAUAUACAGGUAUAAAUAUUUACAUUUAUAUUAUAUGUGUUAGGUGAUUGUAGAAAAGAAGAGAAUUACCUUGCUGAGAAAUUAAAUGAUAAACAUAAAUGUUAAUUUUGAAAUGCAGGGUGUUUUUUUUUUCAUUGUAUGUUUUACACAAGGAGUAAAUAACAUUUGUUGGAUAUUUGUACAUAAAUUAAUUAUUUAGGAUUUUAUAUUUAUAUAAAUAUUUUUUACAGUUAUUUGUUGAAUGUUCUAGAAAUUUUAAAAAUGGUGGAUAUAAUUAUAUAAGAUAUUUUGUAUAAUUGAAAAAAUAAAGUUUUUCUUUAUGAC